AUGUAUAAAAUGGAAUAUUCUUACCUCAAUUCCUCCGCCUACGAGUCGUGUAUGGCUGGUAUGGACACGUCCAGCCUGGCUUCGGCUUACGCUGACUUCAGUUCGUGCAGCCAAGCGAGCGGCUUCCAGUAUAACCCCAUCAGGACCACUUUCGGAGCCACCUCCGGGUGCCCGUCCCUCACGCCCGGAUCCUGCAGCCUGGGCACUCUUAGGGACCAUCAGAGCAGCCCAUACGCAGCAGUCCCUUACAAACUCUUCACCGACCACGGGGGCUUGAACGAGAAGAGGAAGCAAAGGCGCAUCAGGACCACGUUCACCAGCGCUCAGCUCAAGGAACUGGAGAGGGUCUUCGCGGAGACCCACUACCCGGACAUCUACACCCGGGAAGAGCUGGCCCUGAAAAUCGACCUCACCGAAGCCAGAGUUCAGGUCUGGUUCCAGAACCGCAGGGCGAAAUUCCGCAAGCAGGAGCGGGCGGCAGCAGCGGCGGCGGCGGCAGCCAAGAACGGCUCAUCCGGGAAGAAAUCCGACUCGUCGCGGGACGAUGAGAGCAAAGAGGCCAAAAGCACCGACCCGGACAGCACCGGCGGGCCUGGCCCAAACCCCAACCCGGCGCCCAGUUGCGGCGGCGGCGGCGGCGGCCCUAGCCCUGCCGGGGGGCAAGGAGGGGCUGGAGCCGGCGUGCCGGGGCCCGAGGCUGGCAAGGGUGCGGCGCCCGGCGGCUUGGCAGCGGCGGGGCCCGGGCCAGGCUGGGCUCCGGGGCCGGGGCCAAUCACCUCCAUCCCAGAUUCCUUAGGCGGGCCCUUCGCCAGCGUGCUCUCGUCACUGCAGAGACCCAACGGCACCAAAGGCACCUUGGUGAAGAGCAGCAUGUUUUGAACUGGCGGGUGGGCGGGGCGCCUCUCCGCUGCCGGCCGCCGCCUUCCAGCUGCCGCCCGGCUGAGAGCAAGGAUUUGGCGCCCCCUGCAGGGACUCGCGCCCUUCGCCUCGGGGUUGCAGCAGCCCGGGCGGGGCAAAGGCCGCUCUGGGCGCCCGGCUAGGAAGGCCAGGCCGUGGGGCGACGCUAGCCAGCUGCGCCUCAGCUCCCCAGCAUCGUCCCCCGCCGCGAGGAGGGCUGGCUUGCGCAGGUGGGCGUUUCCUUUCCUUUCUUCGCCGCCACGCCGGUGCAAGGAAGAGGGGCCUUCCUCCCCGAAGAACUGGCCUCCUCGUGGUGACUUGCGAGGGCCCUGCAGGCCUAAACAGCCGCGCUCCUUCCCUUUGCUGCAACGUGUCCAGCAUCUUCCUGCAGGAGGAGAUGCUGCGUUCCGGCUCUCUCCAGCCUCCUCCCACCCACCCUUGCAGCCUCUUACCGGGAGAAAACUGUCGACAGGUUGCCAGUGCUGUUUGGUUGUUGUUGCUGCUGCUGCUGUUGCUGCAAUGUAAUUUCCCCCCUCCCCAGGCUGUUUCUUGGGACCGAUUUGUGGCUGACCACGUCCUGUUCCCAACCCACGCUGCAUACAGAUCAUCUAAAUUGUUUGUCACCACGCCACAUCCGUGAUUUGGCACCGCCCCUGGCUAAGUCUGUACCUCCCAUCUUAAUACCGGUAUCAAGCAACUAAUUUUGUCGCUCCCGGCAGGGCUAAAUUUGGGCCCCAAAACUUCUUUUUGAGUGGUAGGACUGGCCCUGGAAGAAGGAGACCCCAAACAUGUGCAGAGUACAUUAUUUUCACCGUAUAGAGUGGUGUGAGCACACAGAGUGACGCACUGAAAUAGUUUUGAGCUUUUAGUUUACAAAUUAAACACUGAUUACCUGUAACUUGGGAAGCAUUACUGGAGCACAAAGUCUGAAUGUAUCUGUGAGACUAAUAGAAACUCCACUUCUGUGCUUUGAUAUUAGAUAUGACAGCAUAUACUGGCAGUGAACAUUCUAGAAAUUAUAGUAUUUGGGUGCUAGAUAUUAUGUCACACCUACUCAUACACCCCACUUAUGGAUGCCCACGUGGAUUAAUUGCUGUUUCUAGGCUGUACAGCACACUUUGAAGGUGUCUCAAAUACUUUUGUUGUCCUGCAUACAGAACCUCAUGGAAGUUGCAUCUUGUUCUGCUUUCUCUUUAUCCACUAGAAAAAGCUACUUUCCCCCACAUUAAACAAACAUACCUGCUUUUAUCUGACCAGUGUCAGAGGAUAUGGCUCAACCUACAUUAGGAAGAUUUAGGGUGAUGUGCCAAAUCAUUUGUUUGUGCUCAUGAUGAACAAUUUGGGCCUGGUUCACACAAGCAUGUUCAUCAGUUGGUGACUGCAGCACCCAGUGAUGACUUGCAUGUUUGAAUGGGCUGUUAAAGAUUUAACACCACAGACUUUCCAUCACCCCUCACAUGUGUGUGCACGCACACACACAGAGCUUGUCAGUAGUUUCACACAUUCAACUGUUGUCCACCAAGCGCACAGUAAUAAAGUGAUGAGAAAUCAAAUCAAGUUGUACACGCAUGUGUAAAGCAGCCCUUGGCCUAUGCUUCCAGCCCUGCGGCGAGAGAGAACAUGAAUUGGUCCUGACCAUUAAACAUAACCAAUUCUCCUAAUGAUUAGUUUUUCAUUUAUGCCCCCACCCUCCUAUUGCAGUUCCUGCAAAUCUACUGUCAUUGUGUAUUUAAUGUACAGCGAGACGUUUACAGGAGGAUUCUCUGUCCAAAAUGUCCCCAGAGGAUAUAACAUUCUUUCAGGUGAAUGGACUGUAUCCAUUCUGAAGAUUAUGGUUAUAUUGUCCAUGCAGUUUUUAGGCAUCCCUUGUUAGAGUUUUUAAAAAAACUUUAUUUUAAAUGCACAAGAAUCUAGGUAUUAGUUAUGUCAACAGGUAUGCUUUAACAUUUUUUCUGUGUCUUUCUACAACUGUGUUCUGUGACUCAAUUGUAUAGUGUUAAUAUUGAUACAAACUUGUCUACUCUAGUUAGACGUAUAAAUAAUGUUUUCUCUCCUUGUAGUCUUUACGGUGUGUCUUUAUGGAGAAAUGAGAUUCUCACUAGUUAAGUUCCUUUGCGUUUAGAGACGCCAGUUUUAUGCAAUGGUAUCUGCUUUGGUUAUCCGUUGCAUGUCUUCUUGUUUUUUGUUUUCUCUCUCUCUUCGUGUUGGAAUAUGUUUGUGAGCAUUAACAGUCAUAAAUUAUGUUUCAGGAUUUUCAGAUUUAUUUAUAUGUGGUUAAAAUGAAUGCUUCUAUUUAAAAGGGGAAAUAUUUCUACAUGUGCAUAUAGUUUUCCAAGAGUGUACCAUUAACUGAUUGUUGAUAAUAAAAACAAAAAGCAAAUAUA